UGCGCGUGGGUUUCCGUUCCCGCCGGCGCGCGAGCGUGGCGGGCGCGGGAGGGAGCGGGCGUAGGGGCGCCUGUGGGGGCGCGAGGCGGCGGCACCGGCUCCGGCACGAAGCGAGUUUCCCGCUCCGCUUCCCACCGGGAAAGCCGAGCAGGGAAAGCGCCCGCUCUCUUCCUCCCCCCGCGGCGGCGGGGGAGCGGCCCCGCCCGUGACGCGAGGGGCAGGGCCGAGCGCCCGCCGCGCCUCGGGCCUUGUAGGCCGCUGUCGGCGUGACUCGGCCGGGCCGCGCCGGCCCCCCCGGUGCUCAAGAUGUCGGCGCAGGCUCAGAUGCGCGCCAUGCUGGACCAGCUCAUGGGCACGUCCCGGGACGGUGACACCACCCGUCAGCGAAUCAAAUUCAGUGAUGACCGAGUGUGCAAGAGCCACCUUCUCAACUGCUGCCCUCAUGAUGUGCUCUCUGGAACUAGAAUGGACCUUGGAGAAUGCCUGAAAGUGCAUGACCUGGCAUUAAGGGCAGACUAUGAAAUAGCAUCCAAAGAUCAAGAUUUCUUCUUUGAGCUUGAUGCAAUGGACCACCUGCAGUCAUUUAUUGCAGACUGCGACCGGCGGACAGAAGUGGCUAAGAAAAGACUAGCAGAAACCCAGGAAGAGAUCAGCGCUGAAGUUGCAGCCAAAGCGGAAAGAGUACAUGAAUUGAAUGAAGAAAUUGGGAAACUGUUGGCCAAAGUAGAACAGCUCGGAGCUGAUGGGAAUGUGGAAGAAUCUCAAAAAGUAAUGGAUGAAGUGGAGAAGGCUCGGGUAAAGAAGAGAGAAGCAGAAGAAGUAUACAGGAAUUCCAUGCCUGCCUCUAGCUUUCAGCAGCAGAAGCUACGGGUUUGUGAAGUGUGCUCAGCUUAUCUUGGUCUUCAUGAUAAUGACCGACGACUUGCUGAUCACUUUGGAGGAAAAUUACAUUUGGGAUUCAUUGAAAUAAGAGAGAAACUUGAGGAACUCAGGAGGAUUGUGGCUGAUAAACAGGAGAAACGAAAUCAGGAACGUCUGAAACGUAGAGAGGAGAGGGAAAGAGAAGAAAGGGAGAAACUAAGGAGGUCCAGAUCCCACAGCAAGCAUGCCAAAAGGUCUAGGUCCCGGGACCGCCGCAGACACCGCUCUCGCUCAGCCUCGCGGGAACGGAAGAGACGGACUCGAUCCAAAUCCCGGGAGAAACGGCACCGCCACAGGUCCCGCUCCGCCAGCCGCAGCCGGAGCCGCAGCCACCAUAGAAGCAGGCACAGCUCCAGGGAGAGGAGCCGAGAGCGCAGCUCCAAAAAGAGAUCCUCUAAAGAAAGAUCUUCCAGAGACAAAGAGCGCUCAAGAGAUCGCGAUCGAACAUCCCGUGACAAAGACAGAAGCUCGAGGGAGAGGUCACCGCGGGAUUUCAAAGACAAGAAACGUUCCUACGAAAGCGCUAACGGCCGAUCGGAGGAGCCAAGGAGCUCAGAGGAGCGUGAAGCAGGGGAGAUAUAACUGGCUGUAUAUUCACCUGAUCUCUAGCUUCCUAUGGAGUUGCAUACUUUGGUUUAGUUUACAGUUGUUCAAAGGGACACCAGUGAGCAGUUCCAACACUGAUACAACUAGGGUAGAUGUACAGUAUAUAAAAGUGGUUAUAACAAAGUCAGAAUUAAACCCCAUGAAGUCAUGGUGCCUAAAGCUGGGUCCUGGACUUCCACCAAGUUGUAAAACUUUUCUGAAAGAUUUCUCUUUAUUCAGGACAACAGUUUUAUGUACCAAGAUGCAGAUCUCAAUGUUUUUAAUCUCCUUUCCAAUACAAGUUAGUGAACAAAUUAUAUUGUACUACUUGCCUUGGGUGCUUUUGAACCUUUAUAAAUUCUCCAAUUCUGCUCCAGUCAAAACAGCAGCAUUGAAAGGUUGUAUUUGGGGGGGAUUUUUUUUGUUUGCUUUUUUGUAAGAGGGUGGGUGGAUGAAUAUUAACUUUUAAGAUUAUGUUCCCAGUGUUGGGUUUUAUUUUUGUUUGGGAUCCUAGGAGUUGAUUACAGUGGGAGCAUUUAGACAGGAACGUGUGCUGGAGAAAGCGGAAAUGUCUUUUUACAGUGCCUACUUAGACUCGGAAAUUGAACAGCUGUUGCAUUACAUCUUUUUUAUUUCUACUUAAAUUUUGAAAUCAAAGCCAGUCCCAUAUGUACCAUUUGAUUGGUAUGUGUUCAAUAUAUUUGUUUUUUUCCAGAAGGACUCUUUCUGCUUUUUCUUGUGGAGUACAUCUUUAAUUGUAUUAAAACAAACAAAAAAAACCAGCAACAACAAAGAAAAAUUAAGAACAAAAGAAAUAAAAAAAAAUAAAAA